UUAAGAUUACGGGGUAAACUAAUGUUAAGGGGAUUAACAGUUGUGGCUAGGAGAUGUCUGGGUAGGGAAAUGUAUGCCACUCUUCUUCUCUUCAGCCUCGGGCUCCAUCUUAUUCGUCCAUGUCGAGAUAGACCUCCUUACCUUUUCUGAGGAUGACAUUUGGCAAAAAGGAAUAUCGAAGGCACCGAAAUACAGAAAGAUGGUCCCAAAGCCUUCGGUUGACAAUGUGAAUGCUGCAGAUAUAGAGCUACAGGACGUGCUGUCUUUCGUGGCUAAGGCCACCGGCCAAAAGUACAGAAAUACCUCAGCUAAGCUGCUUAUGAGGUCCUCCAGGAAAUAGCUUGGCACCUUUCUACAUCCCCCAUCCAUCCCUCUUCCCCAUUGGUCCACAGCCCUUACCCUUUCCAGAAUUCACCUCUCCCUUCUGCCCUCCAAACCACUGUACCACUGGACCUACUUGUAUCUUCUGGAUGAGAAGGGCAGACUGACAGGAUACGUAGACAAAAUGGCGGUCUUAAAGGUGACGUUCACCAAGACCACUCGGGGCAAGCUAGCCCUGGUGUUGUGGGUCCUCAACUGGAUCUCUGUGUUAACAGGCAUCAUCCUAUUCAGCCUGGGCCUCUUCCUGAAGGUGGAGAUCCAGAAACGGAAGGAGCUGAUGUCCGCUGAUGUCCACUCAGUGCCCGACAUGCUCAUCGCCACGGGCCUGGUAGCCUGCGUCAUCAACUUCCUGGGUGGCAAGAUCUGCUACGAUUGCGUUGAUACCACCAAGUUCCUGCGAUGGAAGCUGCUGAUGCUACCGUACAUCGUGUGCACCUUCCUCUUUACCUUCUGCAUCCUGGUGGGUGGGCUCAUGUGCUACAGCAUGAGGAACGAACUGGAGGAGUCAUUAUUUCUGGGAUUGCGUAAUGCCAUGCUCUACUACAAGGACACAGGCACGCCGGGACGAUGUUAUCUCAAGCGCACAGUGGAUUUGCUGCAAAUCCAAUUCCAGUGUUGUGGAAAUGCCGGCUUCCGCGAUUGGUUCCAUGUCCAAUGGAUCAACAACCGCUGGUUGGACAUGACCCACAGUGAAGUAACAGACCGUCUGAGGAGUAACGUGGAGGGAAAGUACCUGAUGGACGGAGUGCCUUUUAGCUGCUGUAACACAUUCUCUCCACGACCCUGCAUCCAGACCCAGGUCACCAACAACUCCGCCCACUACAACUAUGACUGGAAGACGGAGGAGCGCAACCUGUGGACGAGGGGCUGCCGCCAGGUUCUGCUGGAUCAUUACACCAACAUCAUGCAGUCCAUCGGCUUUAUCGUGCUCAUCAUCUGGUUGUUUGAGCUAUGGGUGCUGACGGGCGUGCGGUAUCUCCAGACAGCUAUGGAGAACCUUCUACGUCAGGGUGACCCCGACCUGGAGUCUGACGGCUGGCUCCUGGAGAACAGCAUUGCCCAGACGGCCCGCUCUAACUUCAAAAUCAUCAAGAACCUAGGCAAGUGCUACCAGGUGGACGAUGAUCCUAACAUCGAUGUGCCCAGCACCGCUCAGCAAGAGGUGUCCACUUGCCAGAUCCCCGUGGCUAGAUAGCAUAGCGCAGCAUCCCUGGGCCAGGGCUGAGGCACGCAAAUGGGCAUCAAGUCCCAUUGUCAUUAGGUGUAAGCCUUUUGGAUGGCAGAUCUGUCUCCAGAUUAAACGUGCGACAGCUGUGAACUGAGGGAUCAAAAGGUGAAAGUGGCGAGUGCAGCAGGGCACCGCAAAGACACACAAACAGGAUCAAGGACAGCCUAUGCAGAGCGUGCUCUGAAAAAUGACCUGCUUUGUCACAUGAUACUGUAACACCUGCACCAUUUCAACAGUUUAAGAAUAUGAACUGACUGCAACUUUGUCAUUGUGCCAUACUUAAGUCAUUAAACUGAAGGGGAGCAGGGCAAAGUUGAAACGGGGUCGAACUAGUGUACAACCCAGUGCUACAACCCCAUAGACAUAAUGGACAUGGAACAGUCUGAGUGAAAGAUGAUGUCAUAAUGAGCCAUAUGUAAUGGGAAACAAUUAUGCCAAGAAAGCAGUAGAGGCUGCUGACGGGAAGACAGCUCACAAUAAUGGCUGGAAAGGAGCUAAUGGAAUGGCAUCAAACAUGUAUUUGAUACCAUUCCACCUAUUCCGCUCGAGCCAUUACCACGAGCCCGUCCAUGCCCAAUUAACCUUUCUGGGUGAAAUUGCAGGGCGCCAAAUUCAAACAACAGAAAUCUCAUAAUUAAAAUUCCUCAAACAU